UUCCGUCUGGAGUACACAACCGACUCGGAUUCCAAAGUUCAGUCUGCCGAAUUCGACUAUGUGGUGUUGGCUCACCCGUUAAAUCAGGGUGCUUCCAUCACUGGUCCCAAGGGUCUCCUUCCCCCAGCCCUGCGGUACAAAACUGUCGACAGUACCGUGAUGUCCGGGGAGUUGGAUCCAGAAAAGUUCCUCCAUCCCCCCUCUCUCUCUAUUCCCGUUCUUGAGUCCACACAGUCCACCGAAGGUGAUAGUGGACGCAGUGGCCGACGCGGUGUGAAUGUCCUCGUCAGUGGCAUAGCGCGUACGCGAGCUGCAGCGGUUAAUGCCCACCGCAGCCAGAUAAUCUUGCGUGUCGCUGCAGUUCGUGCUUUGUCCUAA